GAGACACUCAGCCUAAGUGGCCAGGUUCUGCGGCUGUAUUCUCAGACGUUCUAGUCUAUGCUUAAGUGGGCUUCAACAAAAUGUCUCCUGUAGUGCGGACAGGAAGGGAUCACGUGAUUUUCCUCUUCCGGGGACACUGGGCGAUGAGACGCGGCUCUGGCAGUGAGAGCAGUCCUCCGACAUACACCGCCCUGGAGGACCAGACAACCCCGCUGUCACAGAUUUGUCCAGCUGAAGACCACACUCCUCCUCACAGGCAUUAACCCUAAAGAUGAAGCUGUCCCCUCUAGAUGACUUGACUAAAUCGCUCAGCAUGGACAAGGCCAGGAAUCACUUGAUCGAAAAGAUAAUGCAUAUAACCUUAGAUAUCCUAUACCUGCUGACUGGAGAGGAUUACAUUGUCUUGAAGAUGUCUGGUGGACGAGUGACGCACAGCAGCAGCCCCAUUGUAUCAGGAGGCUUCUGUAGGAAUCAGAGCUCAAACAUAGAUCCCCAAGUAAACCCAAUGAGAGAAGAGAGAAAAAAUGAUGAGAAGAUCCUGGAACUCACCAACACGAUUGCCCAGCUGCUGACUGAAGAGGUUCCUAUAAGGUGUCAGGACGUCACUGUCUAUUUCUCCAUGGAGGAGUGUGAUGAUUUAGAAAAAAGCAAUGCUCCAACAAAAGAUGGAAUGUCUGAAGAAAAGAAGCACAUUGCUUUUACUGAUGGAUCCAAGAACAAAGAACUUAUCAAAAACUUUACUCCUGCAAAUUCAGAGGACGAGGUCUUGAGUAAGAUCCCAAGAAGCACAUUAGGAACCCAAACUUUGACUGUCAAGGAAGAGGAGAAUUUUGAUAUGGUUGAUGAAGAGGCAAUUCCUAAACAUAGUUCAUAUAGUACAGGAACUUCCAGUAACAGAAGUACACCAGAGAAACAUCACUGUCCUCCUUCACCUGAGGAUUCCUUAGAAGAUGAUGGCAAUAUCAUGCAGGAUGAGCAGUGGGAGGAUUUUGAUGAUCUUAAAAUUGAAACAAAAUCCCUUGAGGAUGAAGAAAAGAUAAGCAAGUGGAAUGAUGUGCCAUCUAAGGAAGAGUGCAUUUCCAAAAAAUGGAAAAGAGGAUGGUUGUGUAAGAAGUCUGUAACAGAGGAAUUUAAGAAACCCUAUCAGCAGCAAAAUGAAAUAGACAGAGGUCCUGAAGAGAGACGUGACCUGCCACACAGAGCAAAAUGCUUGCUUCCAUCUGUGAUUGAAGUAGAUGAAGAGGAGAUUGGAAGCCUGCAGCGAACAGCAGAGUGGGAGAUUCAUGAAGAUGGGUCAACACAUCUCAUGACAUCUGGAGGAAUACUGGAUACUACAAGAAAAUACAGCUUAGCAUCUAGAAUAACACCUGACCCUAAAACUGCUCACCCUGCUGUACACCUUGAGAGUCCUCAGAAAGUCCACAGCAUCCCUACUGAAUGUGGAAAGAGCUUCACCACUUCUUUACAACUCGGCCCACACAUUAAAGUCCACACCGAGGAGAAGCUGUUUGCUUGUUCAGAAUGUGGGAAGUGUUUUACGGUUAAGUCAAAUCUGCUGGCACACAAGGCCAUUCAUAUGGGGGAGAAACCUUUUGCCUGUGCUGACUGUGGCAGGCGAUUUACAUUGAAAUCCUCUCUCGAUACGCACAUGUCUGUUCAUGCUCUUGAGAAGCCGUAUGCAUGCUCAAUAUGUGGAAAGUGUUUCACCUCAAAAGCCCGCCUUGCCUUCCAUCAGACUACACACAUAGGAGAAAAAACAUAUGAAUGUGAUGAAUGCGGGAAAGUGUUCACUGCUAGUGGCAGUCUUAACCGGCACAAAAGAACGCACACUGGGGAAAAACCAUAUGCCUGCAGAAUUUGUGGAAAGUGCUUCAACAGGGAAACCAACUUGUAUAGACACCAAAUCAUUCACACAAGAUGAUGAUGAUGAUGGCGUUUUCUGGCUUCUAAUAAAAUACCCCUCACUACCAAUAGAGAGGUCGGCUGUAAACUCCACAAGCUCCCUGUACUUUCCUUCUGGAUUGGGGGAUGCUGCCCAUUCACCGAGACAUUUCCACCUCUUCACAUAUAUGACAUUCUUGCUCAUUUGGUUUCAAGACACUGUACUCCAGCACCUAAUGCUCAUUUGGGAAGAAUAAUUUUAUUAACCCCUUAACGACGCAGGACGUAAAUGUCCGUCCUGGUGAUGUGGUACUUAACGCACCAGGACGUACAUUUACGUCCUGAGCAUAACCGCAGGCAUCGGAGCGAUGCCGGCAUCAUGCGCGGCAGGUCCCGGCUGUGGAUCGCAGCCAGGGACCCGCCGGUAAUGGCGGACACCCGCGAUCCCCCGGAUGUCCACCAUUAACCCCUCAGAUGCCGUGAUCAAUACAGAUCACGGCAUCUGCAGCAUCGCGGUCACUUAACAGGAUGAUCGGAUCGCCCGCAGCGCUGCUGCGGCAAUCCGAUCAUCCUGCACGGCAGACGGAGGUCCCCUCACCUGCCUCCGCUGCCUUCCCGGCGUCUUCUGCUCUGAUCUGCCUUCCUGCAGACCAGAGCAGAAGAUGACCGAUAAUGCUGAUCAGUGCUAUG